CAGAAACAGAAGAUCACCACACCUCCAUCAAAACAUUCAAUAAUUCUGAUCUACUCUGUUUGUUUUCAAGCUGUCAUCAAUGUCUUCUUCUCCAAAGGAUAACAAAGCGAUGAUGAUGCAUAGUGUUCUUCACCUCCUUCUCCUCCUCCUCCUCGUUACGAUCUCGAUCCCUGUCUCCGCCGAGAAAGAUUCGAUAUACGACGUACUCCGAGCACACGCGUUACCAAUGGGACUAUUACCAAAGGGAGUUAGAGAGUUCAACGUCGACGCGGAGACGGGACAGUUCUCGGUUUGGUUAAACGAAUCUUGCAAGGCGAAGUACGAGAGCGAGAUACAUUACGAAGCUAACAUCACGGGGACGAUAGGUUACGGAAGUAUUGGAGGUUUAACCGGUGUAACGGCGCAGGAUCUGUUUCUUUGGUUUCCGGUUAAAGGGAUCCGUGUGGACAUACCUAGCUCUGGUGUUAUAUAUUUUGAUGUUGGAGUUGUUCGUAAGCAGUACUCUAUGUCUUUGUUCGAGACUCCUAAAGAUUGUGUCGCUGUUGACAAGAUUCAGGCGGAAUUCUAUGAAGUAGAUCAAAGUGUUGGAAGAAACAUUGUGUAGCUGAGAAAUCUUGUAAUGAAGGAUGUGUUUUACAGUAUACAAGUUAGAAACUUUUUUAGCUGCUCUAUGGAUUUUUGAAGACACAGUCACACACACAUGUUCCAUUUGAGGUCAGAUGCUCCUUUUCUUCCUCCAAAUUGGUUUGAUUACUCUGUUGGUAGUGAAAUUGAGAGUCCUGUGAGCGGAAGUUAGAUGGGAAGAACAAGUGCUGGUGGGUUUUGAUUAGUAAGUGAAUGUUUUGUGAAUUUUUGUUUGUAUGUUUUGCAUUUUAUCUCCUCUUUGUAAGAUAAUACAUCAUCUAUGUAUGAUAUAUAUAUAUAUGUCCAUUUUGUAAUCAUAUUCUUUUAUCCCAAUAAGAUUAUUUACAGUUUGC